UCGGACUAGUUCCCUGAUCGCAGUCUGACCAGAAGAGGGCAUUCCGCUUCUGCCUGACAAAGUUGCUUUGACAAGCAGACGUGAUUAACGGCGGCGUCAUGCUGUAUUUCAAACCCAGCAACAGCGAGAGGGAAGGGAACGGAUGAGCAGGAAAAAAGAAAAGAAGGGGGGGAUGUUUGGAUGACUUUCCCGAGAGACUCGUUGACAGCGCUUCACACUCACUUGGGAAUAAACCUGCUGCUUACUUUCUUUCGGUGUGCCGCGCAGAACACAGACGAAAAAAGGUCUUUUACCAGAAAAAUAUUUAUGGGAAGUAACGGCCUGCUUUUUUAUAUCAUGCUGACGCUUGUGUGAAGUUCCAGACGGGAUUUUCGCGGAAUUUCCGUGCGCAUGUAAGACUGGCGUGACUUACUUGGAUGUGAUACUGUUACCGCCUGCGCCAGCUGCAGUGCUCUUUCUGGCUGUUGCUUUAAAAAAAAGAAAAGAAAAGAAAAGAAGAAGCUGAUUCUUCGCUUUGCUUCUGAGACAUGGAUAGAGAGUCCUGAAGCCGGAUUUCGCAAGCCUUCAAUCUGGAGUCGGGAAGUAAAUGACAUUCUCUGCGGUUCGCUGGGACGGGAAUAGGUGCAGAGCUAAACCGGAUAAAGCAUCGCAGGUCCGGGAGAGUGAAAAAGGGCAGGUGCGCUUUGGAGUCAGCGACUGCGCGGAGAGAGCGGACCGGUGGAUUAGGACGAUACCUGCGUGUGCUGUGGAGAGCGCAUCAUGCGGACUCGGAUGUCGCGCACAAUGAGCCAUUAAAACCUGUAGGCUGGAGCGAAAACUGAUAAGCGGAUAUGGGCUCUGCUUUGCAGCGUCGCUGGCUAUUGUUCCAACUCCUGAUGCAGGUGUGGCUAGCGGCAAAUCCAUCUCUAAGUGAUCGCCACUGCCCUAAGAGUUGUCGCUGUGAUGGAAAAAUUGUCUACUGUGAGUCAAGCGCCUUUCGUGAUGUCCCCAAGAACCUUUCAGGAGGCUGUGAGGGCCUGUCGCUGCGGUACAACAGCCUCUCCAGUCUUCGCGCAGGACAGUUUGUUGGCCUCAACCACCUUAUUUGGCUCUACUUGGACCAUAAUUACAUUGCCUCUGUGGAUGCAAUGGCAUUCCAGGGGGUCCGCAGGCUUAAAGAACUGAUUCUAAGUUCGAACAAGAUCACAUCGCUCCAUAAUACAACAUUUCAUCCUGUCCCUAACUUGCGGAAUUUGGACUUGUCAUACAAUAAACUGCAAGCCUUGCAACUUGGGCAAUUCCAAGGGUUACGCAAACUUCUUAGUCUUCACAUACGAUCUAAUUCACUAAAAACUCUCCCAAUGCGUCUUUUUCAAGAUUGCAGAAAUCUUGAAUUCCUUGAUCUUGGUUACAAUCGCCUCCGGAGUAUCACUCGAAAUGCACUUUCUGGACUUGUCAAACUCACUGAGUUGCAUUUGGAGCACAAUCAGUUCUCCAAGAUCAAUUUUUCCCAUUUUCCUCGACUUUACAAUCUACGAGCUCUUUACCUGCAGUGGAAUCGCAUUCGAUCAAUGAGCCAGGGCCUGACUUGGACCUGGGCCUCUGUCCAAAAACUGGAUCUGUCAGGGAAUGAACUGGCAGAAGUGGAUCCUGUAGUUUACCAAUGCUUACCAAACCUGCAGACUCUCAACCUAGACUCUAAUAAGCUGACAAAUGUUUCUCAGGAGGUUGUUGAUGCUUGGAUCUCACUGACCAUGAUUAGUUUAGCAGGAAAUGUUUGGGACUGUAGCCCUGCCAUCUGUCCUCUUGUGGCUUGGCUGAGAAAUUUUAGAGGGGCAAAAGAGACCACAAUGAUUUGUGCCUCUCCCAAGAAAGCUCAAGGAGAGAAAGUGAUGGAUGCGAUUGAAGCAUUUGGGGUUUGCCAAUCCCAGCAAGGGCCAGUACUCACAGUGAACAUUACUCCAAACCUAUCCAGGGUCCCUGUACAAACAGAAUAUAACCCAUCUGUUCUGGCUUUGACAACUAGCUCGGGAAAGAGAUCUGAGGGAUCUCUUUGGGGUCCUACUUCAUUGGCAGUUACCCCACCUGUUGCACUUCCUCCAGAGCAAGACUUAGAACCUGUCUCCUUCCAUAAGAUUGUGGCUGGAAGUGUUGCCCUGUUUCUGUCCGUUGCAAUGAUCCUCUUGGUAAUUUAUGUGUCCUGGAAGCGCUACCCUAAUAGCGUGAAACAGCUCCAGGAGCACUCUGCCGCGGCUCGCAAGCGUCGCAAGAAACCCCGAGAGACGGAGCGCACCCUUAGCUCCCCUCUGCAGGAGUACUAUGUGGACUACAAGCCCAACAAUUCUGAGGCCAUGGAUGUGCUCGUCAAUGGAACUGGACCGUGCACCUACACCAUCUCAGGCUCCCGAGAAUGCGAGGUCCCCCACCAGAUGGGUGCCCUAACCUUUUACCGCUAUGAACAGCCCAUUGUAGACUACUGCCAGGCCCAUCAACCCCUGCGGCUCAACAUGGGAUACGAAGGCCCACCUCAGGGACUGGAAGGACUUGAAGACCUGGGGCCAUGUGACAGGGGCACAAUACAGACGGUGGCCUUGCCUGCAGUGCCCUCUGUUGCCAGCAUAGGUGGCCCUGUGCCAGGGGCCCGGUCCCCUCCUCCGCCCCUCAUGCAACAAACUGAAGGCCCCAGCAGCGGCCCUUAUCCUCCCCCAGAACGCACCGGAACUCUUAAAUUCGGACGCUAAAGAGUCUGGCCGUUAGAGGUGGGAGAAAAGGCUGUGAUUCACCAUUGCUUUUGAAAGGAAGGGAGCAGGUGAGGUGGUUCAAUGGGGCCUUGUUUUUACCACAUGGACGAACGGACUACAUUUUCAAAAUAUGCCUGGAGGGUUUUGGCACUGGAGAUACACAGUCUUAUAGUAAUAUAAUAUGGUGGGACAUUUAUCAUUCUGAAUUUUUUUAAAUGCAGCUCAUAGAAAAAAAGCCCUUACUACCUACUCAUGAAAAGUAAUUUAGCAGAUGAUGAAAAGAGUUGCUUUGUGGCCUAAUCUGGUCUUCAUCAUAUCUGAUGUCAGCCCAAUGGCUUACGUGUUCACAGUGGCAGCAGUCAGCUUCUGCAAUGUCAGGAGUGAAAGGGGACGUGCAAUAAACAAAAUGUCUCGAUCAUAGAACAGAGCAGUAACGCGACAGAUCUCUGAGGUUUUGUGAAGCACAGGAGGCUUCUUACUGUAAUUAGAAAAUUCAUCUCACAAGCUGUUGACAAAGUGAGACCUGCAUUAUCGUUCCGGAAAUAAUCACAUUCAGACUUUCUUUUGUUCUGUUUUGUUGGAUGUUGUAUUUAGAACUGAAUUCAAUUUCUGUGCAUGUUAAACCAAAGAGUUUAUUAAGGACUUUCUUUAAGGCACAUACAUAAAAUAUCAGUUGUAUUACACAACAAGCCCCUGCCAGUUCGCACUUAACCGCCAAAGCCCCCUGCUGUUUAUGACAAACUUUGCAGAUGAGUAAAGCACUCAAGCAUGAGUCAGGUCAGAUAGCUGAACUGAUAUGUUGGACAGAUUUAUUAUAGUCAUGAAAUGUAUAAGGGAAACCAUGAACAACAGCUUCCAAAGCAGUAUGUUCAAUAAAAAAAAUCAUAAUAACAGAAAACAUAUAGGUGCCCUUUAGGAAGUAAAUGGCUAAUCACUGUACGUGAAUAUACCCCAACUGAAUGACUCACUUUUCUUUAGGAAACCUUUCAUGUGGAUAUUCAUGAGAAAAUAAGUACAUUUAGAUGAUCAUGUGUACAUAUUAUUCAAAAGGUUGAGCCUAUUGAAAGAGAAACCACUCUCACUGCCCCAAAAUUGUCAUUUGAAACAAGUCAAUGAUUGACUCUCAUCAGAAUGGACUACAGAAGGAGCACCACGCUCCUCCUUCCCUGCCGCCACAGAGAACAACACUGCUGACUGGAGGCAUGUUAAACCAGCAAGCUGACUUCUCUUUGACCUGCAUAUGAACCCACGGACUGUAUUGGGAAUAUUACCAGACAUGUUUAUUUUUUAUUUGUUUUUGUUCUAAAAAGCGUGCAAUGGAGUUUUAUGCACUCAGUAACCCUGUGGCCGCUGUGUUGAGCACUUCUUAUGGAGCCGUUGGGGACUUAACAUACAGCAGCGACAGGCUGUCAAGUAUAGUGUCUGGCUCGGGCCAGAGUGUUGUGGAAGCUGACCACAACAAGCCGGUGUGACACACAGUUCAAACAGAUCAAUGCAUCCUUACGAUGGGAAUAUGUGAAGCAAAUUAUUGUUUUUUUUUUUCUUUCUCUCUUUUUGAGAUAAAUCGAAAGUUUCUAAGGUGUUUAAAGAUGAUGUCAAGAAAUUCCAUAAGACUCACAGAGGGACUAAAUAAAACAGAACUCAAUUAUUGUGUAAAUAAAAAAGUCUUUAAGAAGAAAAAAAGGUACAAACUUCACUUCUUCUGAAACACAAACUGUGAACAGAAGAGGAGCCUUAUUGACGUUCCAGUGGGAAUAUAUUACCAGGACGACUCGGUGAGGAGGUUCCUAUUGUAAUGCUCUUGUUGUUUCAAUGAUAAAUAUUUUUCUAUCUGCUCCCUUCAUGAUAUUGCCAUUUAAUUCAAAUGAUAUGGAGAUUCUUUCUUAAACCCAGUUCAUUUUACCUAAUCACAUUUUGAAGGAAGGAUUGAAACCAGUAUUAUUUGUGAAGUUCUCUGAACGGCCUCUGUAUUCUUUGUUCUCACACUUGUACAUGCUAGAGAGGUAUACCUUCAGGUUGUGGUCACAUGGUUUGUUAUUUGUAACACAGUCUGUUCGCCAGGUUUUAGAAUUUCCAUGCUAUCUGCCAUUCAAAGAUUUCCUGUUUGGAGAAGAAGUGUGCUAAAUUGUGAGAAAAGGUGUUCUUGUGCCAUUAUUUUUGUAUGCGUUCUACCAAAAACCAGGCCCAGACACAAGUGACUCAGAUGUUAUCACCGCAUUGCAACGUCAAAAGGGUUCAUUCCCGUUUAUGUACAGGUCAUCACAUUAAAAAAAUAAAUAAAAAUACAGUUGAGUCACUCGAUACGGUUGCUUUUUAGUGCUGGUGGAGUUUACUUUGUAAUUACAGCUGUGCCAAUGUCUUUAUAAUGGGAGCUCUCAGUUCUACCCAUGUAUUAUUGUCUUGCCUUGCUCUAUAUCACUCCUAUUAACUCCCUGGCCUGAAUUUCAUGUGUGCUGCUUGGUGACUCAGGUGAACCUGUUAAGCUUAGUUCUAUUUCUGUCCGCAUGUUUAUAUAUUGGGAAACUUUGUCCAGCUGGGGAAGGAGACAAACCGUGAGACAGAUAUUUCCAGCCAGGAAUGGCCUAGAACCAGCAGCACGUGUCUCUAACCACAUCUCUGUUUCAAACGCAUUUCAUUUGCUGACCCGUUCAUGCUUAUGUCUUGUCUGAUAUGAAAUUCCCCGACAUUCUAAGCUACAAAGAAGAAAAACGCUUGUAUCAGGCACGCAAAAUCACAUGAGAAAUUUUCCUUUUAUAUUCCCUCAUGUAUGUCAUAUUUAUGUUUGGUUCAAAACAUUAAUAUUAGGUCAAUUUUGUUGGCAGCAAAACAUUAAAACUACUUUGCCCUCCACAUGUAAUUAGAAAAUUGUAAUGAAAUAUACUGUAUGUAUUUAAAGUUACAAACCAGUGUUGGAUUAAUUAUGACUACAUCCCUGAAAAAAAUCAGAUAUAUUCAGCGGAACUUUGAAUCUUGCUGCCAGUAUUUAUCCAGUCUUUUGUCCAUUUCUUUUGCCUUCAGAGAGCUGGAAGCGCAAGUGCUGCAUGCUGUUGAUGCAUGCAUGAGCUAAACUCCAGGAUAGUCUGUGAGACCCACCCAGUGCCAACACUUUUUAUGUUCUAUACCGCUUUGUUAAUAGUUUUAUGCACCAAACGGUCCAUUCAUCCCUUCCACACUCUGAGUUAGGGGUCAAGUCCUCACAAGGAUUAAGUGUUUCCCUUUUUUCUUCUUGCUUCAGAAGAUAAUAGUCAAAGUCUAAGGAAAAGCUGUAAAAACUUACGUACUUGAGAGUUUACGCUCAGAGAAAUAAAUAUGCCUCUCUUAUGGGAAAGGUACGGCAGAGAAGAUAUAAAGGUGAAGACUUAGCGUGGGCUGGUAUGAGGUUCUCACAACAUAACAACCCCAGAGAAAAACAUACAGUUUAGUAUAUUUAUUUUAUGAUAAAUACCAUGGAUCAUAAAAUAUUUAUCAUAAUUAUUAUUUAUGAUAUUUAGACAUAACAGUUUAACAAAAAUUGUAUUAUAUGAGCACAUUUAUUUUAUUAAAACAAAGCUAUUGUUUCAGCUGGCAAAUUAAAUGGGCUCAGGUAUCAUUCCUCUAAUUGGCUGAUUAACUGGCAUACAGCUUGUAGCUUAGGAACUGCUGUUUUAAGAUAGUUUUACCUUAAUAAAACUAUCUUUAUUAAAGUAAAACGUAAUAAAGAGAGAUAAAGAUUUUUCUUAUUUUUAUUAUCAUGGCUCACAGAGAGUCUCGAUGUGGUACUUUACAUCUUGGGUCCCUGUAUGUUUUACAACCAGAAAUAUUUCAAAACACCAAAAAGCUUCUUUGCUAUAAGCAUGGGAAUAAUGUGUUCUAUAUAAUCAUAGAAAAAUCCAGAAUAAAGUUAAAAGAACUUUAAACAGUAAGAAAGGUAGGAAGGAAAAAUGUACCGUUUUGAAACUAAUUAGAAAUGCUACAAGAAUUUGUCUUCACCUAGAAUCAGACAUUUUUUUUUAACUCAGGCAUUUUUACUGUCUCUACAAUUAACACUGGGUUGACUUUGUUUAAUGCUAUCUUUGCUAACAAAGCUAAUUGCAAAUAAAUGAUGGUUUAAAUUUAAAACUCCAUGAUCAUUUUAUCUUUGCUUUCAAAUAGUAAAAACCCUAUUUUACAGUAACGUCUUUCAGUGUGUGUGACAUCACAUUUCCUCAUUUCUUGAAUUCUCCUGGCAGAAAGGUGGAAAAAACAAUUUCUAAAAAAUUUAUUUCUAUAUUGUAGUUUUGAAAGAGAAUCUCAAAUCAGCCAAUAUCAGACACAAAACAUAAAAGCUGCAGAUUAGAUGUCGUCCAUAAAAUUCUGACUAUUGCAUCUCAAAAUGUAGCUUUUCAAAACCUGACUAUAUGUCAAAGCCAGAAAGUAGCCCAUACCUGAAGAAUGUAUGUUAUAUAAAAAAAAUAUGGAGACACAAGUGGAUAAAUAUAAGAUUUUUUUAUUUCAUUACUGUUGCAGAUUUCUGAGCAAUCUAAGUAACUUUUUUUUUUCUGUAAGACAUGAUACAACCUCACCCAAACUCUGACUUUAAAGCUACAUUUUCAACACAGUUAAAACAAAAGACAUCCUAAGCUGUAUUAUAUUAUCCAUACUCUUACAAAAACACAUAAUUCACAAUAAUACCGACAAGUCACUAUUAACUUGCCUGUCUAGUGCAUACACAGUCAUGCAUAAACGCAUAUGUACACACAAGAAGCAAAGUAAUAACAAAAAAGGACAUUGCAUAUAUCUUGAUAAACGAUAAUAAACUACUGCAGGACUUGACAGCUAUCCAUUCCAGUUCACCCAAGGCCAUCUGUGACGGUUCACUAGGAAGUAAUACAUUACCUGAUAAACAGAGUUGAAAAAUUAAUUUUGAGCCAGACGUGGAUUUGCAGCUUGUUCUUCUAUGCCAUACAUCUGUGUCUUACCAGCAGGCAGUACUGGAGUAUGCCUAUACAGCACACAUCCGUGGGUCUUCAGAGUCAAGUUAGCGUGUGUACACAUGGAGUCUGGGAAAGGCUGGGAGAAAAUAUGCUAAUCCUUAAGAUGUGCCAAUUUCCAGUUGGAUUUCCUUGAAUUUGCUGGAUGUAUUUGGUCCUACAACAUUGAGACUUUUUAAAGACAAUGAGACUUGAAGCAUUGCAACUGAUUGAGCUCCCCUGCAUGUACCCAGACGGCCUGUUGGUGUGCGUAUGUGUGUGUGUGUCUGCGUCUACUGUACAGCAGCACCUACUCCUCUACCUCCUCUGAACGAACAUCACCAUUACUGAUGUUCUUGCCAACCCGCGCCCCAUUGAUUAUUGUUCCACGCUGUUUCACAUUAGCAGGAAGUCUUUAACCUUCGACCCUCGUUGUUCCAGCUUUGUUUUUCUGCCAUUGCUCAUGUCAGAGGUGGCACAGAAAAAGAAAGGCAUGAUCAUUAACCUUUGUCGGGAAGACACACAUUUUCGUUUGUCUGACAAAGCCCUAAUUGGAUUUAAUGUAAGCACUUAAGAGAAGAAGUUUUUUUUUCUUUUAUUUAAAUGGGCUUAAUUGUUCUCUUGCAGUUGGAAUGAGAGUGCCGUGUGAGAGCAAGCAGCAGGAUCCUGACAGAGAGCAAUAUCAGAAUUAGUCAUUGUUACAUGUGGGGUUAAACGCUUUUCUGUUUUUAUUUGAUUUUCAUAAUUUAUUUUUUAAUGUUUGCUCCUUUCUGAAUCCUUUCCAUCCAACCACAGAAUCCCCACCAACUCGGUUACAUCCAUUUCCUGCACAGAGCGUUGUUUCUUUUUUAUGUAAGUUGUAAAUAUGUGCUUUACUGUUUUCUUUACUAGUUGGUUCGUUGUUACUUUUUUAAAACUUUUAUUUUGUUUUUUAAUUAUUAUUGUAUCAAAAACUAAGGCAUUUUUUUUCUGUGAAGACCUGGUCCAAGCGCAAAAAUAUGGCUCUUCUAUGAGUAUAUUAUUGUCAGAAAAUGUUUUGUAAAAAUUUUGAUGAUGAUAUAAGAAAUAAAACUAUAAAGGUGGGAAA